UGACAUAAAACUAGACAGAGAGAGAAUGAGGAAGGGUAUAUACGUGAGUGUGUGUUAGAGAGAGAGAGACAGAGAGAGAGGACACCCACACAAACAUGUCCAGCUUUGGGCAAUAAAACCACUUGAAGUAACAGCGAUACAGGGGAACUUCACUCACAAACACAGCUGACCACUGAGACUGAAGCAGCUGACCUCAUCGCUGCGAUAUCAGUUAACCAUCUGCAGCCACCACAAUGUCUCUCAAUGCCUCCCUUUCCAUCCUCAAGCCUUCCAAGAACGACCAGGCGACAACUGUGGACGUCGAUGCCAUCAUGGACAACUUCGCCAUCAUCCUCUACAGUCUGACCGUCGUGCUAGGCAUCACUGGGAACUCUGUGGUGAUCUGGGUGGCCGGAUUCAAGCUCAAGCCAAAGGUCACCAACGUGUGGCUGGUGAAUCUGGCGAUAGCGGACCUGAUCUUCUGCUUCACGCGAGUCCUCUCCCUCGUUAAGAAGCUCUUCUUCGACUACUGGCCCUUCGGCGUCUUCCUCUGUAAGUUCAACGGCUUCUUCAAAUACGCCAACAUGUUCUGCUCCGUCUUCCUGCUGGCUGUGAUCAGUAUGGACCGAGCGCUCUGCGUCUGGCAGCCCAUCUUCGCCAAGCGACGGCGCACCCUGUGGGCCGCGAGGGUGGUGGCCGUCUGCGUCUGGGGCGCUGCGAUUAUCUUCAGCACGCCGUACUUCGUCUACCGCCAAGUCUACCAGAAGAACAACCUGAGCAAGUGCUCUCUGGAGGUGAAGGAGACCAACAAUAACACCAAACUGGCCCUCUACUCCAUCCGCUUCCUGUGUGGCUUCAUGUUGCCUUUCAUGGUCAUCCUCAUCUGUUACAUCCUGGCUGCAAUUGGCAUCCGACGCACCCGCCUGUCAGGGAAGUCCCGCCCCUUGCGCAUAUUAGCGUCAUUAGUCGUCGCCUUCUUCCUGUGCUGGGCGCCGUACCACUGCCUCCUGCUGGUGAAGAUGGUGGACAGUAAGAACUCCGUGGUGAAGAUCUGGCACACUGUGGCGAAGUGCGUCGCCUACUUCAACAGCUGUGUGAACCCGCUGUUGUACUUCUGCAUGGGGCUGGAGGUGAGGGGGCGGUUCAGGCAGAGUCUGGCGGGGGUGUACAGGAGAGUUCUGGCAGACGCGGACGGACAGACGUCCCAGUCCAACGAUCGCUCUCUGGAUGAGAGCAGCGGCUCCAAACACAGUACUGUUGUGGUGGCAGGAAGGAGUCAGACAACAGUGGAUGUAGCCAAAGUUUGAAUCUCAUUCCCAACACAUCACAUACGGACGCUCAGUCAGGGCUCUUUGGCAUCACUUUUUAACGCACUUGGCGUCACUUAUGUUUAGGCAACAAAACUACUUGGUUAGGUUUAGUAAAAGAUCAAGGUUUGGGUUAAUAUAAGGAUUCAUCACGCUGGGUAGUUGCAUAUGUUACGUAACCUGGCGUGACGUGAGUUAAAUACUUUACGGAACAUACUUACACUACGUAACUUAAAACAAGUCAACAUUGACAUCUCCUGGGAGAAAGUUGUGUUUAUCUGACCCAUCUAUCCGCCCCAACCUCGUCCCUACGCUGACCUUGACAAACACAGGACCUUAAACCAGGAGACCACUGUUUUGUUUUGUAAGUUACGUCUUUUCCGUACUUCUGUUACGUUGUUUCCGUAUGUAUUUUAGUUAGCUUACAUAGUUAUUUUAUACCCAACCAUGAUGUUUUUCCUAAACCUAACUAAGUAGUUUUAUUGAUGUACAGAUGACACACAAAAAGCGGCGUAAAAAUGACACGCAAAAAGGCUAAAACGCAUCCUCAUGACACGUGGAAUGUUCUUGUAAUGCCGUGCUAUUUAUAAGCCUUCCCAGGUUGAAAUAAUAGUAAAAGGUUAAACCGAACCUUCCCUUCAGGCAUUCAUUGAUUUCAGUUUAUUUCAGUAAGGUAUGAAAGUUGUAGAGAUUGAAACUUGCUUUAAUUGCAUAAUCCAUCACAAAUAUCAAUAUGCAGUCUUUAUUUUUGUUAUCAGUUGAGUUUUGAUCACAUGGUAAUGGCGUCGCGAGCUGUGACUGUUCAAAACGUCUUGUUGCUGCGCUCAAAGGCGAUCCUUUUCAUGGUGUCAGUGUCUUCUGGAUUUUUCUCCAUAUAAUUUAGCUCAUCAAAUUAAUAGUUUUCUGCAGGUAACCUUGAAGGGUUUGAGAGAAGAAGCUUCUGCUCACUGCUGGAUUGCUGCAAGUAAAAAUGUGCCUUUCUAUCUCAGACAUUUGUACAUAUUGGGUAAAGACACGAAAACAACCAUUGUAACUAUCCUUCUUCCUGUUGUAGUUUAAACCAACAUAUGUAUUAUUUCCUUCUCAAACUGCAUUAAAUUCUUGUGUGUGCAUUUGAAAAAAUUGCACCUGUCCAAAAGUGCUAAGAGGCUUUUGGAAAUAAACUCGGAAAACAAAGUUUGGAAA